CAUCAGAAAGAAAUCCAUUGACUUGGUGUCCUCUUGGGCAGAUGACAAGUCGCACGUACAUCCCUCUAGAAUCUAAAGUUCUAAGCCAAGCCAGCCUUGUCUGUCUUUAUCUAUUAGCCUUCUGUUUAGGGCUCUGUCUUCCAUUUUCGGAGGAGAAAAAGCGCGGGAAUACAGAAACACAGAGAGUGGAAGAAUUCAAGGGCAAACCAGAAAUCCAAAUCAAGAAAACAAUCAGCAAAAAUGGGUUUGGAUGGCAAUUCAAAAGCAGGAAUAACAGGAACUAUAAAUCAAAAGAAAUCAGAGACAGAAGUCCCGAAUUUAACAGGCAAAGUCCACUUACUACCUUGCUGCAUCAAAUAUGAUGGCCCUUCUGCUGUUUCUCACUACUUCAAACCCAAACUCACCGGUGUAGAAGUGGAAGAGAUGAAAGUUGAGGAAGCUCAUUUUAGAGGCAGGAAGUUACAGGGUGCCACAAUUGAUAUUCCAAAGGGGUAUUCUGGCUUUGUCAUAGGAAAGAAGAGUCCGGGCAAGAGAAAAGCUUCUGACAUGUCUGAAAAAAACUCAAACACUUGGGAGAUAACUGCAAAAUUUGAGAACAUAACAUAUUGGAAUCACGACAGCCUGCCUUCAAAAGUUGAUGCUUUUGUGCGUUCCCUCCACUGGUUAUCUGUGGCAGAGGCACUGCUCGGGCUUGUAAAGAGCUAUUACUCUCAAAGUCUUCAUUUUUCUUGCUGUUAGUCUAGAAGGAAAUGAACACUGGCCAGUUACUGCAUUCUUUUUUGUGGAGAAGUGUUGCCUUGAAAUAUUCAAAACUAGAUUCUCUUAUCUUUGUUGGAGCCAUUUCUAAUUUCCUUGCAGCAGUACUUGCCUAGGAAACACAGAAAAUCAUUGAUUAGGAUUUCACCAGUAUUUAAAUUUUGGUGAACUCUUGACCUUUUUAUGGACAGAAUAUUGAUCAAGUAACAUUUA